AUGUCAUAUUUAAGUGGACAUGCGAGCACUGAGGCUGCUGUAAGCAUUACUCCUGACAGCUUGAACUCCCAAGAACCCCCGACCGAAAGCAUCGUGGGGCCUCGGGUGAUGGGUUUCAUCCUGAGCAUCGCCUCGUGCCUCAUCAUCUCCACCAACCUGCUGGUGGCGGCCGCUCUGCUGAAGCUGCUCCUGAAGAAGAGGAGCCAGAGCUGGGUCUUCGUCCUAAACUUAGCCCUCGCCGACGCCCUGGUGGGUUUGGCCAUCACCGGGCUCGCCGUCGAGGACUUCAAUAGCAACCCUCGUACUCUUGUCACGGGGGAUCCUCCAGCUCAGGGAAAGAUCCGGUGUUUGAUGCGGAUGGCCUUCGUGACGUCGCCCUGCACAGCGUCCAUCAUGUCCAUGUUCCUGAUUUCGCUGGACCGCUACGCAGCCAUCAAGAUGCCCCUGCGGUACUCCCAGCUGGCGGGGAAGGGGACGGCGGUCGGGUCCCUGAUGGCUCUCUGGAUCAGCUCCCUCACCCUGGGGUUCUUGCCAGUGAUGGUGCGGCAGCUCCAGGCAAAGGACUACGGCGGCUUCUGCGCCUUUUUCUCCGUCAUUCACCACAUGGGCAUCAUCCUGCUGUUCAGCGCGUGCUUCUUCCCCGUGUUCUCUGUGUUCGUUUACAUCUACCUGGACAUCCUGAAGAUCGCCUGCAGCCACCAGAAGCAGAUCUGCCAAGUCAGGCAAGCUGGUUCGAGGACAGGCGACCGCCAAGAUUACGAGCAACAUCCCCACCAGCAGCAGCACCAGCAGCUGAGGAGCCACUACUGGAGCCACGUCAAGGCCCUGAGGACAGUGGGGGUGCUGGUGGGCUGCUUCCUGGUCCUCUGGUGCCCUUUCUUUGUGGUGUGCAUCGUGCAUCUCCUGUGUGAAAGCUGCCAACUCACCGGUGUCUUAGAGAAUUAUUUGUGGUUGUUGGGACUGUCUAACUCUCUGAUCAACCCUCUGGUGUACGCCUUCUGGCAAAGGGAGGUGCGACAGCAGUUAGCCUUCUUGUUUUCUUGCUUGACAGACCGGCUGUCGGCUGCUGGGCCUUUAGGUUUCACAGAGAGAUGUGACCCGCAGCCUCCUGUACUGAAUCACGCCGGUGCUCCUGCAGGAGAAGACCUCAACCCGUCGUUGUUUCGGGCGAUAUCAGUAAACGACAAGGCUCAAACUGUGCCACUGUCUGCCUCCACCGGACUGUGA